AUGAGCGACUGGAGUAACUAUAGCAAUUGUAUAAUAGUUUUCUAAUUGUCAUAUCUAGUCUAUUAGCCUAUUUAUUAACUAAAACACAUUAAACCAACGCAAAAUUGCAGAAAACUUUCCAUGCAAUUGAUACUCUACCUACAACUACAAUUGAAACUUUUGGAAAUUUUCCAUUUCGGCGCAUUUGCGGUAAUUUUACAUUAAUUGAAACGUUUUAACAUAUUUAUAUUGUUACAUUAAAGUAAUAUACUAGCACGCGUGAAACUUCCGCAAAUAAAUAUGAAUGAAUGUUGAAACACUUUGGAUGUCCGAGCAUUCAUUGAUAACGUGCUCCCAAAGUGUUGGAAAGUUUCCGCUCUUCGAGAGUUCGCAUAUAUAAGGGCCGUCGGCCGAUGCGAUAAUCAUCAGUUCCACACCAGAACUUGCCAGCAACACACAUCGCAACUUGCAAUUGCCAUUUGAAAUCUUCAAAUUUUUAAAUUUGCAAAAUACAUCAUUCAACAUGGUCAAGAAUCUGUCUCAAGUUUCAAGAAACGAAAUCAAUCAGUUUUUGAAUUCGUUCGACAACAUUCUCUUCGAUUGUGAUGGCGUUAUUUUGCUUGGCGAAAAAAUCAUUCCCGGUGUGAAAGAAGCCAUUGAAUACCUGCAAGCCAAAGACAAAGGUAUGAAACUAAUCACCAACAAUUCCUUCCGCACCGAAUCUGAUUGGGACAGUGUCUUCGAAAACGUCGAUCUUGACUUCCGGUCAGAGGACGUCGUCUUCCCAACCAAAGCCGUGGUGACUUAUUUGCAACAACUGAAGUUCGACAAGAAAGUUUUCGUUGUUGGCCCACCACGUAUGCGCAAACAAUUCGAGGAGUCCGGUUUGGAUGUCUACAAGUACAAACCGUGUGAACAACUCCGUGAACUGCAUGACAUUAAAGAUCACGCAUUGGACGAUCCAGAAAUCGGCGCUGUGGUCGUAGAUUUAGAUUUCAACUUGACCUACGCCAAAUUAGUCAAAGCCGGUAUUGUCCUCAAACGUCCCGAUGUCCACUUUAUUCUCUGCGCCUCCGACAAAACAGUUCCAUUGGGUGAUAAUUUCAAAACGAUUGGCUCUGGCUUCAUCGGUGAAACGUUAGAGAUGAUUUCCGGUAGACGCCCAAUUGUUCUAGGCAAGCCCAGCUCUUUGUACAACAAUAUUGUGCAGGACAAAUUCAACCUGAACCCGGAGAGGACAUUAUUCGUUGGAGAUUCAUUAAUCACGGAUAUGUUAUUCGCUACUCGUUGCGGAUACCAAAAGUUGUUGGUAUUGAGUGGUACCACCAGUUAUCAGGACAUGAUGAACUGCCCCAAAGAUUUCGCACCCAAAUAUUACCUGAAUAGUUUGGCUGAUCUUAAAACCUCCUUAAAUUGAGCAGGAAUGAUACUUUAAGAAUAUUUAUUUUGAUUAUGUGAUGUUUUUAGUGUAAUGUAUUACUUGUGAUCAAUUUAAUUAAUAAAAUAUGUAUUAUUCUAAAGUA